GGUCUCAAACCACAAAAUAAUAAAAUGGAAAAAGUCAAAGAAAAACUCAACAACCUCCGUGCUGAAGCCGACACUAACCUCGAAAGAGCUGAAGUCGCAGAGGAGAGAAUAAAGAAGCUCGAACAGGAAUCCCUCGUAAGAGAGCAAGAAGUCCAAACCCUUCAGCACAAGCUUGGUUUGGCUGAGACUGACAACGAGAACCUCGAAGGUCGUCUCACCGACUUGAAGGGCUUCAGAGAUGAAGACGACGCCCACCGCACGAACGCCGAGGGUUUGCAGCGCAAGAUCGCUUUAUUGGAGGAUGAGCUUGACAACGCUGAGAAAAACCUCAAGGACGUCACUGAAAAGCUCCGCCAAGUUGACGUAAAAGCAGAACACUUUGAGCGUCAAGUACAACGCGUCGAGCAAGAGCGUGACGGUUGGGAGAAGAAGUACGAGGACUCACAAGAAAAGUUAGCUGCUAUGAAACGUGAAUUGGAUGAAGUUAUCGCGCAAAUGAACUCUCUUUAAGCAAUCUUUCUUUCGUUAUUAUAUCUCUUUAUCGCACAAAACAUAUCCUAUAGUCGAAUCAAAUGAAUGAAUGAAAUUCCCUCUAUCGUUUGUUAUCAACAAUUUCUGCUAUUUUCGCUUCUCCGAUAUUACCAAGUUGCCUUGCAACCGCGCUGAACAUAUUUACCGCCUUUCCAACACCUUCAAUUCCAUCUGCGAUAAAAUUCACACCUCUACUUCCCCUACCACUGUCUUCAAAGUUGCCUGUCGUACCGGCUUGCUUCAUUAAAAGAUCCUUUAAUGAAUCUAUCUCAUUUAAAGUUUCUAAACCUAUACUACGGAGUUCUACCAAUGGAUUGCCAUCGUUUACUUUGAAUAAUGCGUUGAGUUUGUCUGUCGCGCUCAACAUCAUCAUAUUUUGUAUGUAUCUAUCUCUCGUGUACCUCUCUAAUACCGUUUUUGAUCCAAUAUCACCACCAUAUCUACGUCCUUCUGAAAGUACUGAUGUGAGUGAUUGUACAUCGGCCAAUCCAAGAUUCAAUCCCUGACCGGCGAGUGGAUGGCAACUAUGAGCGGCAUCACCAACCAAAGCAACCCUUGAGGCGUCAUAACCAUCGACGUGAUUCAUUUUGAGAGGGAAAGAUGCUUGUGAACCUUCCUCAAUAGAGGUCACCAAAGGUGGAUAUAAUUCAUGAUCACUUGGUGGUAUUCCGUCUUGGUUUGAUAACUCACUAAUUUGUCUUGAUGUCGUCAUAUCAAUACCUUCUGCAAUUUCUACCUCUUUGAUUAAGGAGAAGAAACUAUCAUAUUCAAGGUCAAUCUUGCUAUAGAGUAUCUUCAAUACAUCAUCGCUGAAUCUAAAUGCAGCGUUUAUUAACAAGACCAGAACUCUCGAGUCGAUUUGCUUGAAUUUCUUCGCCAUUUCUGGUGUAGUUGACCAAACCAUUGACGCAGAUCUGUCAGGGAGAGGUAAAUAUGCAAUUGGACCGCUAGACGGGUGUGUCUUCAAAGUUGAUACAAAUCCAGCCGCAUUGUAAGCCCAUCCAAAUGAGUCAAUACUAGCGAAUUUACGAACAGGUGAGUUGAAUCCAUC